AAAAAGGUUUUUUUUUUUCUUUUUGAAACUAUGGUUGGUUGCAGCAAUUUGUUUAAACAAUUAGGAAUCUCUUUAAAGCGACGCACUUCCAGUAUCUCAACUUCCAACACACUUAUUGCUUCUUCCUUUGUUUCAGAAAAGAAAAUGGAUUAUUCAACCUCUGGUCAUCACCAACAAAACCAACAUCAACAGGAGGCUGUUGACUUUGUCGACUUUUUGAACGCUUCACCUUCUCCUUUCCACGCGGUGCAUGAGGCUUCAGGUCGUUUAGAGAAGGCAGGUUUUGAAAAAAUUAGUGAAAAGGACGAAUGGCACUUAAAGAAGAAGGGGAAGUAUUAUUUCACACGUAACGGUUCUUCACUGGUUGCGUUUGUCGUAGGUGAUAAAUAUCAGGCUGGUCAGGGUGGGUUCUCUAUUGUGGGUGCACACACGGAUUCCCCUUGCUUGAAGGUAAAGCCUAUUUCAAAGAAGGAAAGCGUUGGCUAUAUUGAAGUGGGUGUCCAAUUGUAUGGUGGUGGUAUAUGGCACACUUGGUUUGAUCGUGAUCUUGGUAUUGCAGGACGUGUGAUGGUGCAACAACACGAUGGAACAUAUAAACAUACCCUUGUUCACAUUAAAAAACCCAUUUUACGCGUACCCACUCUUGCUAUUCACUUGGAUGGAUCUGCCAAUGAAGCUUUCAAAUUCAACAAGGAGACACAAAUGUUGCCUAUUCUAGCCACAGCUGCAAAAUCGAGUUUAAACGCUAAAAAGGAAGAACGUGCCUGGGGACCAGAUCAAACAAAGAACCAUCAUCCUGCAUUGAUCAAUGUGCUUGCUGAAACAAUGAAGGUGGAAGCACGUCAAAUUUGUGAUUUUGAAUUGUGUCUUUUCGAUACGCAACCUGCUACUUUAGGUGGUCUUUACGAUGAGUUUGUUUUCUCUGCCAGAUUAGACAAUUUGGGAAUGACCUAUUGCUCUUUGAUGGCUUUGAUCCAAUCAUGUAACGAUGUGUCAGAUGAGAGCAACAUCCGUCUCAUCUCCCUUUUUGACAAUGAAGAAAUUGGUAGUACAUCUGCUCACGGGGCAAACUCCAACUUAUUGCCUUGUACUAUGGAACGUAUUUUGUCAUCUAAUGUAGGUAGCAAAUCGGCCCCCAAGAACAUUAAGGUUGCUUUUGAACAAGCGGUACAUAAGAGUAUGCUGGUCAGUGCUGAUAUGGCUCAUGCUGUUAACCCUAAUUAUGCAGAAAAAUACGAGGAAAACCAUCGUCCUCAAAUGCAUAAGGGUACAGUGAUUAAAAUUAAUGCAAAUCAAAGAUACGCCACAACUGCACCCACUAGCUUGAUUUUACGCGAGAUUGCCCGCCAAAAAGAAGUUCCUAUUCAGGAAUUUGUUGUUCGUAAUGAUUCUAGCUGCGGAUCAACUAUUGGACCAAUGUUGAGUGCCAAACUUGGUAUCCGAACAGUUGAUAUUGGUAAUCCUCAGCUCAGUAUGCAUUCAAUUCGAGAAACAGGCGGUGUUGAUGAUGUUAAGCACGGAACAGAUCUUUUAAAGGCAUUCUUUGAAUUAUUCCCUUCUGUUGACGCACGAGUCUUUGUUGAUUGAUAAAUAAAUAAAUAAAAAUGAUAAAUCCAAGUUG